AUGAGAAAAAGAAGAAAGAUGGUGGUAACUAGCACUAACAGUAUAGCUAGUAGAACUAGGUCUAAAUCAUCAUUAGCAACAGCAGUAGCAGCCUCAACUACUAAUAUUCUUGUUGAUAUAACUAAAUCUUCUCAACAAAACAAACAAAGCACUACAGCUACUUCUAUUUCUUCUAUAAGAACAACAAGAACAGGGUCAAAAAAAAUGAAUGUAAAAUCAACUGAUAAAGCUGAUGUGACCACUAAUUUAUCAGAAUCAUCAACCAGUGAUGAGGCUUCUAAUACUUUUACUACAGCUACCACUGUUGCUGCUCCUAUCACUAGAAAUAGAAGAUCAAAAAAAGCGACAAUAAUAACCGAUAUUUCCACAAAUCAACUCGUUACGUCUAUUGCAUCUCAAUUAAUCACACCUAUAACUGCUACAACUGCUAAUAAUAAAAACAUCAAUAAUAUGGAAAAAUCCAAAUCAAUGAUGCGAAAAAAAAAUAUAAAACCAUCAACAAUGGCGAAUAAUAUUUUUGAGAAAUAUGAAUUACUUAAAGUUAUUGGUAAAGGAACAAUAGGAAAAGUUAUUUUAUCCAAAGAAAAAAAAAGAAACGAAAGAUUGGUCGCAAUUAAAAUAAUCAAAAAAGAAACAAGAUGUAUAAAACGACAAAUAGUUAAUAUCAGAUCUGAGAGAAACAUAUUUGUACAAUUAUCUAACAACACAUCAAAUCCUUUUUUGGUAAAAUUACACGAAUCAUUUCAAGACUCAAAUAAUUUAUAUUUGGUUUUGGAUUAUUGUCCUGGUGGAGAUAUAGCAACUCGACUAGCUAAAUUUAAAAGGUUCGACCAAUCAACUAGUAAGUUUUAUUUGACAGAAAUAAUAACAGGAAUUGAAGAAUUACACCAAUUUAAAAUAUUAUAUCGUGAUUUGAAACCUGAAAAUAUUCUAAUAGGUGCUGAUGGACAUAUUUUAUUAACAGAUUUUAGUUUAUCAAAACAAUUAAAUAAUACGUCAUCAAGAGCAAAUACUUUUUGUGGUACACCAGAAUAUUUGGCACCAGAGAUAAUCAGAGGCGAGGGCUAUAGUUUCCCCGUGGAUUGGUGGAGUCUAGGAGUGUUGUUAUAUGAAUUUUUAACUGGGAAUACACCGUACCAAGGUGAAAAUUCAAAUGAAAUAUACAAGAAUGUGUUGGAACAAGAUGUAAAGUAUCCAAUUUGGAUGGAUUACGAAACUAAGAGUCUUUUAAGUGAGUUAUUAAAGAAAGAUCCAAAAGUUAGAUUAGGAGGCGGCGAAUUAGGAAGUCAAGGAAUCAAAAAUCAUGCAUAUUUUAUGGGUAUAAAUUGGCAAGACGUCUAUCAGAAACGUUUACCAUCACCUUACAUUCCACCUAUUGAACAUGAAGCCGAUGUGCAAAAUUUUGACCCGACGUUUUUAAACAUGCCAUUAAAAUUAUCACUUCCCAAAGAUCCAUUUGAUGACAUUUUGCAAGAUUACUCGUUCUCUUCUAGUCAACCACCAAACAACAACAAUUCAUAG